CGGAUUUCGCUUUAUCGCGCCAUCGCCCUCAGUUUCUAUUCGGAUAAGAACAACUCGACGCCCGAUCUCUUCACUGGCAGAUAUUCCUUUAUUAACGAUUCUGAAUACGAAGUGGGUGUACCGGUAGCGAACACUCCUUGUAGCUUUCUUAUUAAAGGGGCAGUUAAACCAACAGGACUCAUAAUGUCGCCUACUUAUCCGGGUGCCUAUCCAAAGGAUAUUACAUGUACAUACCAAUUCCUUGGUACGCCUGGACAACGGGUGCGAUUGGAGUUUCGAGAUUUUGACUUGUUUUUUGGUGGACCGCACUGUCCCUUCGAUUACGUAAAAUUGUACGACGGUCCAGAUAAUACGUCUGCGGUUAUAGGAACUUACUGUGGUCAACAACGUAACCUGGUGUUAUACUCAUCGGAAGCGUCGUUAUUUAUAUCCUUUGUAACUCUAUCACGCACUGCCAAUACACAAAAUAGAGGAUUUAAAGGAAUGUUUGAAUUCUCAAACUCUUUUACAAAAUUAGGUAAGUAA